AUGGCCAGGAAGGAACUCUUCUUUUUUCUGCUUCUUCCCCUGAUCUUUUCACACUGUAAAGCUAAAGAAACACUUUACAUCGGUGGACUGUUUGGUAUUGACACAAAUGGCGGUGGAUGGAACUCGGCAGGAAUAAUUCCCGCCAUUCAGAUGGCUAUCGAUGAAAUAAACAACAACACAGAGAUUCUUGAGGAUUAUCACCUGCAACUUUUGAUAAAGGAUUCUCAGGUUGGUAACCUGUAAAGGUAAAAUGUAAAGGAAACUUCUCUCUCAGAAACCGUAAAAAGCUUUUUUAAAUUCAAGUCCUCUGUAAAUAUUGUGUCGCACUUUAAAUCUUCAAUACAAUUCAGAGAUUAUUGUAAUAAAUUGAUGUAGUUAAACAACCUUUAAAUUUAUUGAGGCAAUUUUUUCCUCUUUGUUUUCCUGAGUGUAAGGUAAGGAAAUAAUAUAUGCAAGUAGUUAGUUGACAUAUUUCGAGAUUCUCUUGACACCCGAGGAAACAGUUCACGUAUUCAUCCUUUGUCCCAACGCUUACACGGGUCUUGUUAGCACAGCUUGGAUUAAAAAUUUUCUGAUGUUUGUGUAACCAAUGGGGUAUCAAACAUUUUUACGUAUCAAGGUCAUUCUUGUUUAUAGUUUUGAUCGGCACAAUGACAUAAAAUUGCUUAUUUUCGCGAUAACUUCAAGAAAUUUAAUUUCUGUCCAAGAAAGUUCGUUUCUUCAGUUUGGGACAUGCAAGCGAUUUGAAGGAUCAUUAAAGGUUGUCAUAUUAAUUAAGGUUUACUGGAUGAUCAUGAAAUGACACAUCUAAUUCCGAUAGUCAAUGUAGAGGCAGUCUAGAUUAAUUUCAGUACAGAUUUGGACUUUUCAUUUUUUUAACACUCAGUGCAAUGUUGGCGAGGCUGUCCGCAGAACCCUGGAGUACAUAUCAUCCGGGAAACCCAAAAUCAUGUUUCUAGGCCCCGGAUGCUCUAAAGCCACAAUGCCAGUAGCUGGAGCCAUUCAUAACUGGAACAUUGUGCAGGUAAGUUAUCUUAUCUUCUAUGUUCAUAAAUCACAUAAUUGGCUUUUUUAAUGAAGCUAGGGGAAUGUGAGAUAGGAACAUUAAAUAACGCACUAUGGCUGGUUUUCAUUUAUUAACAGGUUUUUGGCAAUAUUUUACUCCUGCAAUUAGAGAUAAAUGAAUACAAACCUGUUGAGAACUUUGCUUGGAAUGAAGGUGUCGUCCUCGGAAUUGUAUUCAAAUGAAAACAAAUGGAGAAAAUGUAAAAAAAAAAAAAAGGAAGAAAGAAGGGCUUUUUAAAAAAAAAAAAAUAACAAGAGCAUAAUCUAAAUUUCCCUCUCCUUAGAUUGGCUUCUCAAAUUCUUCCCCAUUGCUAUCGUCAAAAGCCGUUUUUCCCCUCUACUUUCGAACCAACCCUUCGGAGAAAUUCUCCAAUCUGGGACGAAUUGCGAUUCUUCGACGAUUCAACUGGAAGAAAGUUGCCAUUCUGCAACAAAACAACGACGUUUUCACAGGAAUCAGCAACUCUCUUAUUGAUAUGCUGGGUGCUACCAAUAUAACCGUGCUUGCCUACGAGAGUUUCAAAGAUCAUCCGAAGAUUGCCAUAGAGAACCUGAAGGUAAACUACUUAAGUUUCGUUUUGUUUUCAUGAGACAUUUCAUGCUUAGUGUUUAAACAAUGUACCCCUCGUCACUUCGGAAUGAAUAUCAUAUUGGUUUAUUGAAGACAGUACUGAUCAGGAGAAAGAAGAAAACCCAGUUUACUCUGAUAAUCUUAGUAAUUACGUAAGUGAGGUUAUUUUUGUCCAGUCUCAAGUCCUCAGCGGGUUAUGGCAUACACUUUACAUAAAUGCUACUUUCAAUCCCUUAGAGGAAAGAUGCCCGUAUCAUCUUUGCAUUUUUCUAUCAAGAUCAACAUUAUAUCACCUUUUGUGAGGUAAGGGCGUAAAGUAAGAAAUUUCAUCUCCGAUGAAUUGUCAAUCUUUCCAGAGUGAGCGAGAAACGAUCGCUAGCUCCCGUCUCUGAAUGGAAGAUGGCAUUGAACCCAUACUUUAAUUUACGAUGUAACUAGAAGGGAGACAUACCAUGAUGAACAAAAAGAGCUUAUAAACUGUACAUAGAUCUCUUGCAGUUUAUAAUCUCUUGUCAACGACUGAUCGUAAAUGGCUGAAAAAGAAAGGAACGGCAAACUUUAAAUUAACUGGAGCCUUCAAUUAACAGAGACUCUGUACAACAACAUUAAGGUCCGUUUGCAAGAUUAGAGAAAUAUCCAUACAUAAACGCUGAAACCCAAAGUACGACUAUUAUAACAAAAUUAUUACAUUGGUCAAGGAUUGAUAAUCGUUUCACGUGUAAAUCAGUUAUUUUCUGUCUUAAUUACAAUCUACAGGCUUUCAAGAAAGGUAUGUAUGGACCGAAAUAUGUGUGGAUUUUGUUCUCUGGUCGAUUUCAGGACAAUUGGUGGAAAGUGCAGAGUCCUCUAGUGGAUUGUACACCGGAAGAAGUGCGAAAAGGCCUGAGUAACAAUAUCGGAACUGCAGAAUUGAAACUCAGUCCUGUCUCAGGACCAACUAAAUUUGGAAAGGUAUGUAACAUAACCCCAAGCCAAAUCGUUGUCUCUCCUCUUACGUGAGGAGACGCGAGGGAGAAACAUGUACAGUGUAUAGCUGACGACAAACCUUCCAAACCUGAGUUUUUUAAAUAAAUGACUAAGAACGAGAGAAAAUAUAAUUUCUUUUAUAUACCAUACAGGGUUGACAUAACAACAAGCCAUGAAACACACGUAUAGAAAAACAAUAUUACAUAACAAUACAAGUUUCAACACUAAGCAUAGAGACAACUUUUUAACAUACUUAAAUAAAGAUAUGAGGAAAACUUUGACCUAUUUGUAGUUUCAAUAAUGUGACCAACGCUUUACUCGUACCCGCGAUAGAAUAAUUCCUAAAUGAGAGGUUUCUAAUCUUAAAAGAAAUGAUUCACGGUCAUGAAGUUUUAUGCUCACACACAUUGACUGGAUAUCUUCUGCAGUCAUUAUUUUUUUGGUCAUUUUUCUCAGACGCCCCAAGAACUCUACACUGAAUAUCUAGAACGCCUCAACAACUCGGGAUAUUCCGAAAAUACGUUUGCCUCUUAUGGAUACGACGCGGCCUGGACAUGCGCACUGACUCUCAACGCAUCAAUUGAUGUCUUGGAAAAACAGAACUUCAAACUGAAUGAAUUCAACUAUAGCCUUCCUAACGUGAGCAAAGUCUUUGUCGACAUAAUGAAGAGGAUUUCAUUCGCUGGAAUGACAGUAAGUUGCACUCAAUCGCGGGGGCUGUGUUAGCAAUCUGUGGUUGUUGUUUGGAAGGAAAAGCCGUUCUCCAGAUUAUUGAAUUUCAACUCUUCAAUUUAUUUGUAGGGCCAGGUGAAGUUCGACAGUAAUCAUGAUCGUAUAACAAAACUGGAGGUCCGACAAAUACAAGGCAAGUACUGACCGUGUACGGUAAAUUUCUGUCGCUUUUCUCGUGUGACACCCUGCUAGAGGUCUUUGGUAUACCUUCAAAGCCAAUCUUUUUUGUUUGUCUCGUCGUGUAGGAAACACCCAACGAAGAGUUGCAUUCUACGACAUGGAAAAAGACACUCUCGAAGAGGAUACCAAUAGUGUUUACUUAUGGGAUGGUAAGAUUCAUGUUACAGAUAUAUAACUUCAUUUUAUUUUAUUUGAAGUAAUUGUAUACUUCUAUAGAAUCUCUUUUUUUAAACUUGAAACCGCAACUAGUUUUUCAAGGAGAAGCAUUAAAUUUGAAGUGCCAUUUGCGCUAAGAUCUUUUAUUAUACAUUUACAGAGGAAAAUAACUUUUGUAUUACUGAUCUUUUAUCUUAGCGAGGGAAGAUAAUUGUAACACUACGAUCACACGAUCGUAUGUGUUAUCAUCUAGUUUUAUAUAGAUUAAUAUAUAAAAACCUUACCUUCCGAUUCAGUUAUGCUGUGCACCUCUUCUUCAUCAGAGUGAAAUUUUUUUUUUCUGCUCGUUAAGGUGGUAAAGUCCCCGUCGAUGGUCUAAGAAUAGAAGAAAAGCUGGAAGGAGUCGAUCCAGGGGUCUUGUGGUUUGUUAUCGCUGUAUCAAUCCUCGGAGUUCUAAUGGCCAUCGCAUUCCUCAUAUUCAAUGUAUACAACCAAAAUAUCAGGUAUCUGUUUCACAGUUUUGUUUUUGUUUUUGUUUGUUAAAGAAAGAACGCCGAAUACAAAUCUUUCGUCCCCGAAAUGAAGAUCUUUAACAACAACGUCCAAAUGCUCAAACAACCAAACGUUGCGUCACGCAAUACUCAAUAACGCCUUUAACGAGGUAUAAGGUUAAUGAAUAAUGGUACAAUAAUAAUAAUAAUAAUAAUAAUAAUAAUAAUAAUAAAAUAAAGGGAAUCAAGGAGCUGGGCCAUCAUCAUUAAUAUAAUUUGGCUUUAUUUUUCUCCCUUCUUUAGGUACAUAAAAAUGUCGUCACCUAAUCUUAAUAACGUAAUCAUAGCUGGUUGCAUACUUAUUUACGUGGCGGGUGUACUGUUCGGCUUAGACAAAGAGCAAGCAAGUUAUUUGUGCCAGGUAAAUGCGUUUCUUCCUCAAAAAAAUCAACCAGAUCUUGUUUUUGGCUGUCGUAAAUUGCAAUUCCUAAAUUUUAUAAGCCAUGAUAUCUGAACUUCAUAUCUUCGACCUGAUCUUUUUCGUGGAAUCAGUUAACAAAGCAAUUUCUCAAGGCACUUUAUUUAUGGAGCAAUGAAAUGGUUUAAAAGUAGGGUAUCUGUUGACCUCAUCGUUUUUCAUCAAUUAAUUUGAAGGAAUGUAUGAGAGCUAAGGAAAGAUAAUAGACUGAAUUUUCUCAAGGAAAGAGUUAAUAGCAAAAAAUCAAUUAAAAAAAAUAUAAACAGCGACGCUCACUUACUUCAUUCCUUGGAAACUUUUUUUACUUAGUUGGAGUUAUGGAUUGCAAUGAUUGGAUUCAGCUUAGGCUUUGGAGCGAUGUUCAGCAAAACCUGGAGAGUUCAUGUAAUAUUUCUCAAUGCUAAAACUACAAAAAGGGUGAGUGUAUACUGAGCAAAUUCUUCAAAGAUUUUCUCUUUAUCUAAGGUUUUGACAACCUGUGACAUUAGCCACUUUCAGUUCUUUUUGUUUAUAAGAUAUUUUUUGUACUUGCUCCGAUUUGUUUUCCAGUUUUUCUAAUUAUCAAAUGCCAUUUCACCCAACUUCCCCCUUAGGACAAUUGAGUCACCCAGGAUUGAAUAAAAUCAAACGAUCAACUUUGAAAUUAAACAUAGAUCCAAUUUUUUUAGAGGUUACUCAUAUUUCUGCGAGUCGUUGUCAAUAAAUAGACAGAGAAAAAGUCAGAAAGAGAGACAGACAUAAAGUAUAAGCAAAUAAAAGAGCCAGAUAAAUGAUAAACAAUAGCAGUUCAGAUAGGUAGAAAGAUAAAUAUGUAGAUGGAGACAUAAAUAAAUGAUAGAUGGAUAGAUAGAUACAACUGUAAGAUAGAGCCAGAAAGAUGCCUAAGUGCGAUUUGUUAUGAAUAAUUUCCUUGCAGGUUAUCAUCCGGGACCGUCAGUUGUUUGGUAUGGUUGCUGUUCUUCUUUUAAUUGAUAUCAUAAUUCUCGUCACGUGGCAGAUUGUCGACCCAUUGACAAAUAAAGUAGAAAACUUGACGCUGCAGGUAAAGAGCAAAAAUUUUAAACAGUUCGUGAGAUUUUGAAUUAAAGGGAAAAGAAAACUCUCACUCACCUCUCUGGGGGGGAUCUCUUCCAACGCACACCUAUGCCACCAAAACCUGUAAUGACUGGCAAGUUUUAGGAAACCUAAAAAUAUUUUCAAACUUUGACGGCUAUGUUAGGCUUGGUUGCCUAUUUCAUCGAAACAUCAACGGUCACCGCACUAUAUUUUGCCGAGAAACUUCAGGGAAAUUAAGGCAUGUGACCAAGAUGGCGAAAAUCUUUUUCAUUCCAAAAACCUAAGUGUUUAUGGGUGCUAAGUUAUGUAUUUUCUACAACACUGAAAUGGACAGACUUAAAUUUAUCAAUUCUCGGAAAAUCUAAGACUAUAACGGACAGUUUACCUUCUAAUAUGGCACUUAGUAGUGCACAUUGAUCUUCUACACGUCAUCAAAAGAUGGCAAGGAACGAGGACAAGGAUUGCCAAAAAUUAAUUUUUUCUACAGUACUUUAGAUUAUUUUAAAAUAAUUCUCUUAUUUUUACUACAGGUAUCACAAGAGGAUGACACUGGCAUACAACCGUAUGUAACCAAGUGUACCUGCGAGAACAUAAUGAUAUGGCUUCCUUGCAUAUACCUGUACAAAGGUAGUAGUCAGAGACUUUUAAGGUGUUGAUGGGUGAAACAGCGUAUCUUGCAUUGCGAAUAUAGGAGAUUCUCCUUUGGAGAGUGAUCUGUGCUUGUUUGGGAGAUGAUCAGUGUCACACACUGACUCUUAAAAGAUCCCACUUUACACACCAGAGAGUAUUAGCUUCUACACUCAUGCGCGGUAAACACACUGGAUCAUUUAUUCUGAGACCAGAUGAUUUCCAUUCUGUCUGUUUCUUCAAGGAAAUAAAACUGGAUAAAAUUAAGGUUAAAUAAACUUAUUCGAGUGUUAACGUCAAUGCAAAUUCAGUUCUAGCGAACAAUGUUCACGAUGAGACAUGCGAAUAAACCGCUCAUAAAGUGAUUCACCAAGCUAUUAAAUUCACUGAGAUUUAUCAAAUGUCUCUUCUCUGGAAAAAGAGCACAAACGACUGGUCCUAAUUAUUUACUUAUCAACGUGACGUUUAUCUCAUUGCUUUCUAUCUUUAGGCCUGUUGUUAUUAUUUGGAGCCUACUUGGCCUGGGAAACCCGCAAAGUGCAUAUCCCCGCUUUAAAUGACAGCAAACUGAUUGGCUCGUCCGUUUAUAACGUCAUCAUUCCUUGUAUCCUCGUAUUUCCUAUUCUUGGUGUUGUCGAUGACCGACCUACCAUUCACUUUUCCUUGUCCUCGUUCCUCACCAUCUUCUGUACCUCAUUUACCCUGAGUCUUGUUUUCGUUCCAAAGGUUAGUUUAUCGAAAAAUUUUUGAGAACUAAGCUUCAAGUUGUGCCAUGAUUACGUUUGCUUCUUUGGCCACUUCGUACAAAUGAUUAAAGCAUUCUAUCAGAAAUAUAUAGGAAACAUCUUCAUGGGUAAGUUUCCAUGUCGUCUAUAGUGUGCAACACUAGCGAAAUUAAAUUUUUCCCCAUAAACGUCAAGGGUUCAGCUAUAUGUACAUCACAGUGAUGCUCAACAAAGCCGGAAACAAAAUUAUACCAUCGCCAUGACAACGACGUUUUAGUUUUAGAAUUUGAGACUAAAUCAUAUUGAUCAUUUAUUGUAGAUAAUGUUCUUAAGAACCGCGGACGAAAAUAGUUUUUCAACUGCUACUGGCUUAACCAUACAAGGUGGACGAAUGUCAACGAAGGUAAAAACACAAUCAGCCAAAGUAAAUAAAUAUGUUAUUCUCCAG